UAUUAUCACAGUCGGUAUUUGCGCAUCGAUUGCAGGUAAAUACGUGGAAUUACCGAAAGAUAGAAAGCUUGAAAGUCUUUCGACGUCCGCGAGAGAUCAGUUUCUCACUUGGUCGUCGUUUCGUUCCGAUCGCGGAAGAAGGUGACGGCUUUUGUUCGUGUACAUAAUACUGCAGUCAGCAGUGUACAGUGUACUCCGUUGUGCGUUUUCCUUUCGCUCUCGUUCUUCGUUACGCGAGGAAUCACGCACUGCACGUAAACGGUAAAAGGCCGCGAGUCGCAGUGACGUGCCCUCGACAAUUUUUCGCGACGCUCUAACUUGUGUCCCAUCGCCGGCGCAGUGUCGCCAGGUCAUCGCAUUUGACGAGCUCCAAUCGAGUCGAGGAGACGAUAACCUAAUUUGUUUCGACGAUUACGUCAAGACAGUUGCUUAAUUCGCCUGCAGGACACACGUUCUUUUUUAGGAGAAAAUGGAGAAGAACUUGGGUUUUACUAACGUACAACCUUCGGCCCCUCUGCCAACCGCUCCGCCGUCUUACGAGGAAGCCAUAGCUAACACAGGAGCAGCACCUACGUACCCUCCAGUUAUUCCCACACCGUAUCCUCCAGGAAAUGCGCCAAUACAAAUGCCCAUGCCAUACAAUCAACCACCAAAUCAAACGACAAUGCCUAUGCCAUCAGUUUAUCCGGGUUCAAGUCGAUCAACAUCGCAACCACAUUUCAAUGCCGAACCGAAUUCCGUACCGCGGACACAAGUACGGGUCAUUCAACAACAUGUAGUGCUCGCCCUAGGGCCGAAUGCAGUGAAAAUGUCCUGUCCAACAUGUCACGCCGAUAUCAAAACUACUACAAUAUCGGAUCAUCAGCCAAGUGCUCACAUUUGCUGUGUCAUACUCUGCUUACUUGGAUGCUGCCUUUGCUCAUGCCUGCCAUAUUGUAUGAAUGCUUUCAUGAGUGUUCAUCACUUCUGUCCAAACUGCAAAAAUUACAUUGGCACGUGGAAAGGUUGAUUUUAUUCACGCUCAUACAUAGGUUCCAACUUCUCGUAUCGAGAUGCUCUGCAAUUCUAUAAAAAGCUACUUGAUAUCCUUCGCUUAUCGCACAUAACAACGGAAAGAAAGGAUUGUUAAAAACAUCCAUGUAAGUUAUAUAUUACAUGUUUGAUACUUCAGACUGGAAAGAUUACUGUGUUACAAUAUACAAAUGAUGAUUUAUCAAACACAAGUCCUGGUUAAUCUAACGUACAGUGUGAAUUAUGAUAUUGUAUGACAUGGUAUCACGAAUAUUACGGACUUUUAUAUAAUAAUAAU